CUGGCCAUGGGCUUCAGCCAGGCGCAGGCCCGGCGGCUCCGCGAGCUGCAGCCCCGGCUCGGCCCGCAGCGGGCGGCGGCGGCGGCGGAGCAGCUGCUGCUGCUGGGGCUGAGCGCCGAGGCCGCGCUGGGCCUGCUGGAGCGGAGCCCGGAGCUGCUGCGGGCGGCCGAGGCGCAGCUGAAGGAGCGCGCCCAGUACCUGAGGCGCCUGGGGCUCGGCGGAGGGCAUCUGCAGCGGGUGGCCGGGCGCUGCCCCCAGGUCUUCACCUUGCCCCGGCGGAGGAUGGAGGCGGUGGUGCGGGUGCUGCGGGAGAAGUGCCUCUUCACGGCCGAGCAGCUGACGGAGGUCCUGCAGAGCUGCCCCGGGGUGCUGCUGGAGGAGCCCGGCAGCCUCCAUUACCACUUCCAGUACGCGUACUUCAGGAUGGGGAUCCGCCAGAAGGAGAUGGUCAAGGCCCGUCUUCUCCAAACGCCCUUCGCUGAGCUGAGGAACCGGCACAUCUUCCUGGAGCGAAGGGGGCUCUACCAGACGCCUCUCAAGGGCCAGACCCAAACCAAUAACCCCAAACUGAAGGAGGUCCUUCGUCUCCCUGAAAAAGACUUCCUGGCCAACCUGGCCCGUGCCACCCCGGAGGAGUACGAGGUCUUCAAGAAGCUGCUGGCUCGAGAGGAGGAAGAGGAGGAGAAGGAAGAGGAGGAAGAAGAAGAGGAAGAGGACAGGGAUACACUGUAUAUAGAGGGAGAUCAGGGCUUGGAUGACAGCAGUAGAAGAGUCUGACAGUGAGGAUGGGAGGCUCCGUGGUGUCCCCCAGGCCUCCCAGCCCUACCACCUGGAGCACAGGUAUGAGCCACAGCAGCUGCGGGAUCCUGCAAGGCUCUGCGUGCAGUAAAUCCCAUACAGCACAACACAGCACUGACCCUUUUUCCUCCUCAUUGACCAGGUGCUUUAGAAAACAUCCAGUUUCUAUCAAGCAUUUUUAUUAAAAACAAAACAAACAAAACAAAACCAAAAUAACUAAUUUAUUUCAAAGACAAGGUUAAAUCCUUUUGGCUGUGUUACAUACUGUGCUGGAUGGGGGGAGGCUGCACUUCGCAUCACUGCAGGGAGGAUCCUCCUCCCCCCCCUUCUCAGCCCAUGGCAGGGGAGCAAACAUUCUGACCAUAGCCCCAGAGUGCAGAGGAGGCUCUGGCUCCACACCCUUAGGGAUGGCACAGACUGCUCUGGUGUUCGCACUUGCGGCUAAGGGGCAGCUUUUCCUCCCACACCAGGGAUGUCCAGGACUCCUGCACACACCCUGCCACAUCCCAAGAGCACAGAUCCAGAGAGCAGGAUCAGGCAGCCUUAGCAAAAA